AAUGUUAAGAAUAAUCAUUACAUCAUUGUUCAUAUCAUCAGUCAUAUCUGUUACUAAACCAACUAUAGGAAUUCUAACAAAUCCAUCUGAUUUGAAAGAUUAUGAUAAGUCUCUAUACUCCUAUUUCCCUUCUAGUUAUGUAAAAUGGAUUGAAUAGGCUGGAGCUAGAGUGAUUCCAAUUCAUUGGGAUAGUUCUUAUGAUGAAAUUACAUUCAUAUUAAAUUAGAUUAAUGGAGUUCUAUUUACUGGAGGUGAUGUUGAUUUGUAUUUAAAUAAUACAUAACCAGGAUUCACUUUUAAUAAAUUUACUGAUACAGCAUCAUUUAUAUUUUAGAAAGUUAUUUAAUUCAAUAAGGCUGGUAAAUUCUAUCCUCUACUUGGAAUUUGUUAAGGUUUUUAAUUGAUUAAUUACAUUGCUUCAUCCUAUUAUGAAGUUUUAACAAGAAUGACUGAUGAUUUGGGUAAAUAAAGAUUACUUGAGAUAGUUCCUGAUGAAGAUUCUUUUGUAUUGAAAUCUAUUGAUUCAGUAACUUUAGAUUAUCUAAAGAAUGUUGGUAAUAAUAACAUUAAAUUUAAUAGAUGGUCCAUAUUAUUCUCAUAAUUGGGGUGUUGUAUAAUAAACCUAUGAAAAAGCAUAUUCUUUGGGAGCAUUCUUCAAAAUAACAGCUUAUAGUAGAGAUGGAGUGAAUUUGAAAUAUGUAGCAAUUUGUGAAGGUAGAGAAGUUCCUAUUUAUGGAUAUUAAUUCCAUCCAGAAAAACAUUAAUUUGAAUGGAUCACUAAAGCAACUCAUGAUGUUGAACAUAUUACAUAUUCUUAAUAAUUGGCUAUGGAUUUCAUUAGUAUGGCUAGAAAGAAUGAUAAUUCAAUUUCAGAUGAAGAAUUAGCUAAACUUAUUAUAUACAACUAUAAAUAAAUAAAUAGAAUGGAAAUUCCAAAUACAAGUUUUUCUUAGGUAUAUUUAUUUGAUAGAAAUCGAAAUGAAACCAAAUCUGAUCAACAAUAAUUAGGCAUAUAUUAGACUAUUAAAUUCUUUAGAAAACGUCAUUGA